GCGGGCGCGCAUGCGCAGUCGGCGGGAGGGAGGGCGGGGGCUGGUCACGUGCAGCCCCGGCCGCCUGGGCCCCCUCCCCGGGGCGGGGCGGGAAUAUGGCGGACCGCCGGCUGCGGCCACCGCCCUGCACUGACCGCGACCUCUGCCCCUGCCCUGCCUCCAUCCCUGUGCCGCCUGGUGCCCUCUGACCCCGGCUCCUAGCGACCGCUGACCCUCCCGACCUCUGACCCUUGACCUCAGCGGAGGUGGCCACGGCCCUGUCCCCCCUCCACCGUCCCCCUGUGCCCCCAUCGCUGUCCCCAGGGUGUCCCCAGGCCCCACAUCUCCAUGGUGUCCCUGUCCCCAGGCCCCACAUCUCCAUGAUGUCCCCCUCCCCAGGGCCACCCCUGUCCCCAGGCCCCACAUCUCCAUGGCCUCCCUGUCCCCAGAGCCAUCCCUGUCCCCAGAGUGUCCCCAGACCCCACAUCUCCAUGGCAUCCCCGUCCCCAGAGCCAUCCCUGUCCCCAGAGUGUCCCCAGACCCCACAUCUCCAUGGCAUCCCCGUCCCCAGAGCCAUCCCUGUCCCCAGAGUGUCCCCAGACCCCACAUCUCCAUGGCAUCCCCGUCCCCAGGGCCACCCCUGUCCCCAGAGUGUCCCCAGACCCCACAUCUCCAUGGCAUCCCCAUCCCCAGGGCCACCCCUGUCCCCAGAGUGUCCCCAGGCCCCACAUCUCCAUGAUGUCCCCCUCUCCAGGCCCCACAUCUUUAUUGUGUCCCCAUCCCCGGGGCCACCCCUGUCCCCAGGAUGUCCCCAGACCCCACAUCUCCAUGACGUCCCCAUCCUCAGGCCCCAUAUCUCCAUCGUGUCCCCGUCCCCAGGCCCCACAUCUCCAUGACAUCCCCAUCCCCAGGGCCACCCCUGUCCCCAGGGUGUCCCCAGACCCCAUGUCUCCAUGAUGUCCCCAUCCUCAGGCCCCAUAUCUCCAUCGUGUCCCCGUCCCCAGGCCCCACAUCUCCAUGACAUCCCCAUCCCCAGGGCCACCCCUGUCCCCAGGGUGUCCCCAGACCCCAUGUCCCCAUGAUGUCCCCAUCCCCAGGCCCCACAUCUCCUUCGUGUCUCUGUCCCCAGACCCCACAUCUCCAUGAUGUCCCCCUCUCCAGGCCCCACAUCUUUAUCGUGUCCCCAUCCCCAGGGCCACCCCUGUCCCCAGGAUGUCCCCAGACCCCACGUCCCCAUGAUGUCCCCAUCCCCAGGCCCCACAUCUCCAUCGUGUCUCUGUCCCCAGACCCCACAUCUCCAUGGUGUCCCCGUCCCCAGGGCCACCCUGUCCCCGCGUGUCCCCCUCCCCGGGGACAUCACCGUGCCCCCCCCGCGCCCCGCGGGCGCAGCCAGGGCGGCCGCAGCCCCCGGAUGUGCCGCACCGACACUUCUCCUCGGGCGGCAGGAAGCCUCGGCGGUGCCGGCGCUCGGGGUGGCACCGGCGCUCGGGGUGGCACCGGCCCCGCUCGGCCCGGGGGGCUCCGCCGGCGCCAGACCAACCCAGAGCCUCCCAGUGCCUCCCGGCUCAACCCAGUGCCUCCCAGUCCAACCUACAUCCUCCCCAGUGCCUCCCAGUUCAGCCCAGUGCCCCCCAGGCUCGUCUCGGGGGCUCGGCCCCGAAGGCACCCCAGGAGCAGCCGCUCUGGACCCCCCCCCCAGCAGCACCCGAUGUGGGGAGGGAGAGCGGCACCCGUGACCCCCAUGGAGACGCCGGGGCCGAGCGCCGAGCCCCCAACGCCCUGCGGCAACUGCACGUCCGGGGCGGACGCGGCCUUCGCCGGCCUCUACGGCCUCAUCUUCGUGCUGGGGCUGGGGCUGAACGGGGCGGCCCUGGCGCUGCUGGGCCGCCGGGCGCCCUCGCCCACGGCCACCUACAUGCGUAACCUGGCGGCCUGCGACCUGCUGCUGGUGGCCUCGCUGCCGGCGCGGGUGGCCCACUACGCGGGGCGGCCGGGCUUGCCGCCGGCGCUCUGCGAGCUGCUGGGCGUGCUGCUGCUGGUCAACAUGUACGGCAGCAUCUUCCUGCUGACCUGCCUCAGCGGGGACCGCUGGGCCGCCGUGUGCCUGCCGCUGCACGCCGGGGCGGCCCGCUUGCGGCGCCGGGCGGCCCGGGUGUGCGCCGGCGCCUGGGCCCUCAGCGCCCUGGGCUGCGUGCCGGCCUACGCGGUGCCGCGGGGCGCGGGCGGCGGCACGGCGGCGGCGGCGCGGUGCUUCGACGGGCGGCCCCGCUACGUGACGCGGCCGGCGGUGACGGCGGCCAUGGCGGCGGCCUUCGCCGUGCCGCUGGCCGUGCUGGCCGGCUGCUCCUGGGGGCUGCUGCGGGCCGUGGGGCGCAGCGCGGCCGCCCGCAUGGCGCUGGUGGACGGCGGCAAGGUGAGGCGCAUGGUGCUGACGCACGUGGCCAUCUUCCUGGGCUGCUUCCUGCCCUUCCACGCCGUCCUGCUCUGCUACCAGCUGCGCGGCCUCCCCGGGCCGGCGCUGGACCAGGCCUACCGCUGCACGCUGCUCCUCGCCUGCGCCAACGCCGUCCUCGACCCCCUCGCCUACUACUUCGCCGCCGAGUCCUUCCUGCGCCCCGCGGCCCCCCGGCCCCCCGGGGAGCUGAGGCCACCGCGGUGACGGCGGCAUCGGCGGCGGUGGCAGGGCCGCGGGGCCCCCGGGGUUUCCGGCGGUGGCGAAUAAAAAGGGGAUGUGUCGCAA